AGCCAAUAUUCAGCCUUCCCAUGCAGAGCUCAUCGUCGACGACGGUGACGACGACGGCAGGGCAAACGAGAACGCAACACAUACUGAUGCAAUGAACUCUCUCUUAUUGUUUGCGUCUUUUACCGCUUUUCUUGGUCUUGUACCAGGCUCCCCGUACCAUGUGGCGCCUGGAGCCGCCGCCGUCCGCUCUGUGCCCCUGUUCGCCCGCACAGACCCUUACUUCCCGGCCGAUCCUACGAGCUGCCCGAUAUGCGAGGCACAGUACUCGCAGAUUAGUAGCUGUGCACAGGCGGCCCCUGUCCUGGCCAACUUCACUAUGGUUAUAUUCAAUCCCGGAGCCUUCAUCGACGUCAUUAAAUGUGCUUGCACGGAUACUUUCCAGUCUGUGUUCCCUCAAUGCGUUGACUGCUUUACGAAGACAAAUCAAACGGACGUCCUGAAUACCCCGGACCUGCCCGCAGUAGUUUCCGGCAUGCGCAACGUGUGUGCUCUUGAGAGUACGCUGCUAGGGAAUGUUUCAAACGUGGAUGGCGAGACCACGCCAAGUAGCAGUGCUCCGGCUCCGACCUCAAGCACAUCCGGCGGUGAUUCGUCGCUGAAUCCAGCUGUCAACGAGAAGUUGCUCUGGAUGACGUUGGCCAUCCUUGGAUUGUCGUUCAUAGCCUGACCAGGACAUUUGCAUCAUUGAAUUUCCAGGAAUUCCGCGGUUGCUUCACCCCUUCCCCCUCCGAUAUUUCUUGGUAUUAUAAUGACCGUCACGAAGUUUACGACCUUUAUGACGAGCAUUUUGUUUAUCCUUACCUGUGUGUACUAUCCUGGAUACAUUUGAACUGCAGGAGUUGGAUCGAGAUAUCAUUUCUGACCUGUGUGAUCGCGAG